AUGUCGAACAGUGAAACUGUGCCGCUUCUUGCACCUGAGACAUCAUGCACGUACCGAACAUAUCCGCAACGAUUUUACGUUCUUUUUGUAUUUUUCUUGCUUUCAUUCAAUCAAAAUAUCAUUUGGUUAACAUUCUCUCCGAUUGCACGAAAUGCCGAAAAGUAUUAUCAAAUGAGUGAAGCCACCGUUGAUCUCCUUCUCAAUUGGCAGUCAAUUCUGUUCAUUCCGUUUCUUCCUCUAGCCUACAUCCUGUUAAAUAAGCAGCAUGGACUUCGUAAAUGUGUCAUGUUAGUUGCCACUUUGAUUUUUAUUGCGACAAUACUUCGUCUUAUACCAUUGAUUAUCAGUCAUCCAUCGAGUCCGCAUUUUCAUACUAUUUCGAUGCCAUUUCUGCAUGCCGGUCAUAUUCUGAAUGCAAUCUGUUAUCCAUUAGUGACAGCACCUGUAUCGCAGCUGUCAUGUGAAUGGUUUGGUUUAAAUGAACGUACCCGAGCAACAACUAUUGCCAUCAUUGCGAAUAAUUUCGGAGGAACGAUCGGCUAUGUCAUUAGUCCUUUCAUUGUUUCUUCACCUGAAUGCGUUCCNGAGAACAAGAGCUGUUGCAAUGUCGCAUGA